UCGAGCUCUGAAAUGUUUAACACAUUGAUUGUCGGUAUAUUGUUCGGCUGUGCAUCGGUUUCUUCUUAUCAAGUGAUUCCGGUUUCGUCGUCACCGUUGAUCGGCGCUAGUGCAUCGACUUUUUGGGAUUGUGUCACAAAGAACGUGUACUACGGCGACUAUUUCGGUAGUGGAACAGGACCGGUGCUCUUCCGCUAUGAUUGGGUGGCCAAUAUACAUUAUUCAGCCAGCAUUCAGGGAUACAGCGGUGGCGUUUCGAAUUUGAUUCCGAUGAGCUGUGCACCGAAUCAAUUCGUGGCUGUACUUGGUAGUUGUGCGGCCGCAGUAUAUUGGGACGGGUUCUCAGCGACAGCAAUCAAACUCCGUGAAAUCUUUUGCGUUGAUCAGAAUUUCGCCAACCAUGUUGUAACGUAUGCAAAGGCCGAUCCGAAACGACGCCUAUUCAGCGGGACGGCUCAAGUUUCGUAUUGUGAUGGCAAAGUGCCAGCUGAAUCGUCAUUGUACCGAUACGAUCGACUUCAGGGUGUGGUCAGAAAUUUCGGUGGAUUGAGGGCAUCGUCCGCAAUGGACUGGAAUAUCUUGACGGGUCAUUUUUAUCACAAGGACGUGUGUCAGCACAACAUUAUGGAAUACAAAUGGUCGCCGUUCACUGGUGAAUUGACCAAUGGUCGCUCGAUAUUUCAAUUCACAAAUGAAACUAGCGUUGCUAAUGGCAUGGUUAUCGAUAAAUUUGGAAUGUUGUAUGUCACGUUGUACAACGCAUCGUCUGUCGUAAAAAUAGAUCCCAGAACAUCAACAACUGUAGAGACAUACAUGUUACCGGCAAGAUUUCCGACUUCAAUAACAUUUUGUGGACCACUGUUAGACUCGUUGUGUGUUAAUACGGGAAACGUUGCAGUGGACACGAACACUGGCAGUAUAGCUAAAGAAUCAAUUACUCCCAGCGACGGAAAAUUGUACAUGAUAAAAGGACUGUCCACAUCCGCUCGAGGACAUUGUGACCGUAAAGUUUGCUUGUAGAGAUUCACGUUCAUCAGAUUUACAGCUGAGACUGUAAGAUACCACAUAAGAGAACGAAAUAAAUGUGCAGCCGAAAACUUUGCUCUUUUAAUUCACUUUCAACUCCAUCAAACA